CAGGAAGAACUAAGACCAGACAGAACAUGUUGAAUAAAUAUUGAAAUCUUGCUUCUUGGGUGGCAUAGAGGGCCAUAAGAUUGGCGUUACCUGGUCUCUGGUCUGGGGCCUAACUUCCAGGGGGUCUCAUUCCUUCCCUUUUUCACUGUCUUUGCCGAACAAGAGGGAGUGACCAGACCUGGAAGGAGUGGUAGAGGUAGAUUUAGUGUUGACCCGUUUCCUUUAAAAAUCCUGGGCCUGCACAGACUUGCCAGAGGCUCUGAAGGUGGCUUCAGACUCCACCCUCUUUGUCUUCCGGUUCUGGUCGCCAGCUGUAGCAUUUAAAUCUGGCGCGCUUCACAUGGAUUGGCUACACCCGGGAGUGGUUAGCUGUCUGCCAGCAGCUCCUCCUCGCCUUUUUCCCCGGGCAAAAGGUUUUCAAAUUCGGCCAAUCGGCGGGCGCGUUCCUUCAGCCGAAGCGCGUCACCGAAGGGUUAACCGCAGCCAACCGGAGGCGGGUAUUAGAGAAAAGAGCCAAUCAGGAGGGCGCAGGGGGUGUGCCCUGGGGGCUUAUAAGGGCGGCCCCGGGGCGCGCGCGACGGCAGUUGGACUGCGGCGGCCGGCUGUUCUUUAUCCUUGCGAGGCAUCCACCUCACCGUUUCUCUACCUCGCGCAGCAUGUCGGGCCGCGGCAAGACCGGCGGCAAGGCCCGCGCCAAGGCCAAGUCGCGCUCGUCGCGCGCCGGCCUCCAGUUCCCGGUGGGCCGCGUGCAUCGGUUGCUGCGGAAGGGCCACUACGCCGAGCGGGUGGGCGCCGGCGCCCCGGUCUACCUGGCGGCGGUGCUCGAGUACCUCACCGCUGAAAUCCUUGAGCUGGCAGGCAACGCGGCCCGCGACAACAAGAAGACGCGGAUCAUCCCUCGCCACCUGCAGCUGGCCAUCCGCAACGACGAGGAGCUCAACAAGCUGCUGGGCGGCGUGACGAUCGCCCAGGGAGGCGUCCUGCCCAACAUCCAGGCCGUGCUGCUGCCUAAGAAGACCAGCGCCACCGUGGGGCCGAAGGCGCCCGCGGGCGGCAAGAAGGCCACCCAGGCCUCGCAGGAGUACUGAGGGCGCCCGCGCCGCUACCGCCGCCGCCCGGCCCUCCCCUCGCCACCACAAAGGCCCUUUUAAGGGCCACCACAGCCCUCACGGAAAGAGCUGGGCCACGUCGGGCUCCGGGCCGGACGGCCGCGCGCUCGCCCCCUCCGCGGCCCCGGCGCCGCCCGACCCGCCCCUCCCCCGCGGGGCUCGCUCCCGCCUGGGAUCCGCGGAGCGCGGCCGCUGGAACGCCACUCGGCCCCGGGGCGAGUACCUCGCUCGUGACUCGGCGGCCUUGGCCCCAGAGUGCUGAUGGGCUGCGGGGAGGCCGCGGCACCUUCUGGAAGGCUGGGCCAGCCGCGCUGACGCAGGGCCUGGGCGCGCGGCGGGGAAGGUGAACGAUGCGGACGGCCGCCGGCGGGACCCCGCAGCCACGGCCGCGCGCUUUGCUCUCCAGCCCGGUGCUCCAGCCGCGACUUCAGACGGGACUCUGCUUCCGGCGGUCGAGGAGUCGAUCACAUCAUUUGCCCUAGCGUCCCCUUUGCUGCCAGAUCCCAGGCCUUGCACGUCCGCGCUCCUUCCAUCUCCACUCGCAGGCCUGUGCGCGGCGCGGACGAGACACUUCAGCGUGAGCGUCUCCCAUAGGAGUGGGGGUACCCGGCCUCCAGCCGGUCCUGGCGGGCCCCCGCCCCGCUCCCCUCCCAGCGGGUCCACUCGGCAAGCCAAGCACCUAGAUACCAGCACUAGUCCGUUAAUCCCGGUCUGGACUGAGCCGCCAUUGGCUUCGAAACUGGAAUUUUGCAGCUAACCCAUCCAAGACUAGUACUUUAGGUAUUGGGGAAUUUCAGAUGGACUAAUUUUGUUUAUUAAAGGAUUGUUUUUUUUUUAA